AUGUCCCACGUGGCCCUCCUCCGCCAUGGCCUCCGCCUCCUGCUGCCGCUGGCGUUGAUCUCAACAUUCUACCUCUAUCUUUACCCCGUCUUUCUUGGGUGCGCCUUUCCUGUUCCUCCAACGACUGCCCGUGCAUCGUCCAGCAGUCCGAGCGACGUCGAUGUCGCAGACACAGGCAUCGCUGCCUUCCUCGAAGCUGCGCGACACCACGUCUCUCUUCCGAUCCCCCUCCGACCCAGCGACGCCCGACCCGCGCCUUUCCGUCUACUCGCGCUCGGCGACCCCCAGCUCGAAGGCGACACGUCCAUCCGAAAGCACAGUGGUCCCAUCUUCCCUCACGCGAGGAGCCUAUGGUCGCAUGUGACCUUCCAGUCGAGUCACUCGCUGCGCCAGCGCAUCCGUCAGUCGCUGCACGACGCCGUCGACGUGUUUCUGGAUGACCUCUUCGACGAGCUCGAGUCGAUCCGCAAGCGCAUAGACCUAUUUGGCAACGACUUUUACCUCGCACACAUCUAUCGGACUGUACACUGGUGGACUCGCCCUACCCACGUCACAGUGCUCGGGGAUUUGCUGGGCAGCCAAUGGAUUGGCACAGAAGAAUUCCGCCGUCGCGGCCGUCGGUACUGGGACCGCGUCGUGCGAGGCGCCGAGAGGGUCCCAGACGAGGUGGCCGCCUACCCGGCCAUGGAGUAUGAUCUCACAGACUACUUGUCGCCGUCUGGCGAGCCUUCCUCCGAGUGGCCGCGCCGUGUCAUCAACGUGGCCGGCAACCACGACAUCGGUUACGCUGGCGACAUCAACCAGGACCGCUUCGGACGUUUCGAGCGCCUCUUUGGUAAGGCGAACUACGAGCUGCGAUUCGAGCUCCCAGUCCAAGAACCCAACGUCAACGCCACCCUUGUCGACGAUGAAGAAAACCCCGAGUCCGAUCGUCUCCCGCCCGAGAUUCGCGUCAUUGUCCUCAACGACAUGAACCUCGAUACCCCGGCCAAGGAUGCGACAUUACAGGAUGCUACCUACGCCUUCAUCAACUCCGUCAUAGAGACCUCGGCGGCUGUCGAGUACAGCGGCCAUUUCACCGUCGUGCUGACCCAUAUCCCCUUGUACAAGCCCGAGGGUGUCUGCGUAGACGCGCCCUUUUUCGACUUCCACGGCGAGCACGACGGUGGCGGUGUUAAGGAGCAGAACCUGCUCUCAGCUGACGCCAGCAAGGGCUUCCUCGAGGGCAUUUUCGGUAUGAGCGGCAACAAGGAGGCGCCCGGCAACGGCAAUGGUCGCCGCGGCGUCAUCCUGAAUGGCCACGAUCACGAGGGCUGUGACACGUUCCACUACAUCAAUCAGACGGACGAAGACCAGAGCGCCGACCGCGCUUGGCAGGUCGAGACAUGGGCGACAGCGAAGGGCCGAGGCGUCGUCGGUGCUGCUGGCGUGCCGGGUCUCAGGGAGAUCACAGUCAGGAGCAUGAUGGGCGACUUUGGCGGCAACGCUGGCCUGCUCAGUGCCUGGUUCGACGAGUCCACCUGGAGUUGGAAGUUUGAGUACGCGACGUGCGCCCUAGGAACCCAGCACUUUUGGUGGCUCGUUCACAUUGUGGACCUUGUCACACUUGUCGCUGCCGCUGCCUACGUGGUUCUGUCGGUGUUGGAAGCAAGCAAGCAGGACCUCGUUGCUGUUGCACCGUCGUCGAAUGUCGAAGAGAAAAAGAAAUUGUUUCAAAACGGGGGGGCCAAGUCAUCAUAG